AAGAUAAAUGAUCUGCUCCCUGCAGGAAGCUUAAAGGGAUUUUAUGCUAUAGCAGAAAGCAGGUGAUAGCUUCACAUCAUGGCAGACAAAGAAGAUCCCAAGAAACGAGGGAAAGGUAAAGGAAAGAGCAAAGAUGUGUGUGGCUACCCACUCAGUAUCUUCUUCAUUGUUGUGAAUGAGUUCUGCGAAAGGUUCUCCUACUAUGGAAUGCGAGCUGUGUUGGUGUUGUACUUUAAGUACUUCUUGCAGUGGGAUGAAGACUUGGCCACAUCCAUCUACCACACUUUUGUGGCUCUCUGCUACUUGACCCCUAUCCUUGGGGCCAUUGUGGCUGACUCCUGGCUGGGAAAGUUCAAGACUAUCGUCUACUUGUCCAUUGUCUAUACGAUUGGACAGGUUGCGAUGGCUGUCAGUGCAGUUCAUGACAUUACCGACUCAAACAGAGAUGGGACACCAGACAACAUGACCUUUCAUGUUGCGUUGUCCAUGGUGGGUCUCUUCCUCAUUGCUCUGGGCACUGGUGGCAUUAAACCCUGUGUGGCUGCUUUUGGUGGAGACCAAUUUAGUGAGCACCAGGAUAAGCAAAGGAGAACUUUCUUCUCUGUAUUCUACCUCUGUAUCAAUGGUGGGAGUCUCCUGUCCACCAUUAUCACUCCAAUCCUGAGAGGUCAGGAGUGCGGCAUCUACAGUCAGCAGAAAUGUUAUUCCCUGGCUUUCGGUGUCCCCGCAGCAUUAAUGGUGGUUGCACUCGUGGUGUUUAUUGUCGGGAGUGGUAUGUACUACAAAGCUGAACCGGAGGGAAACAUAAUGCUGGAUGUGUGUAAAUGUAUUGGGUUUGCCAUUAAAAACCGCUACAGGCACAGAAGCAAUCAGUACCCCAGGAGACAGCACUGGAUGGACUGGGCAGAGGAAAAAUAUGAUAAACUCCUGAUUGCUCAAAUCAAAAUGGUGCUGAAAGUCCUCUUUUUAUACAUCCCACUGCCAAUGUUCUGGACCCUAUUUGACCAAAAGGGAUCCAGAUGGACGCUGCAAGCUACCACAAUGAAUGGAUACUUUGGGAAACUUGUUAUACAGCCCGAUCAAAUGCAGAUUUUCAACCCCAUCUUGAUCCUGACUCUGGUACCUAUCAUGGACAGCGUAAUCUACCCCCUGAUUAAGAAAUGUGGCUUUAACUUUACACCACUAAAAAGAAUGACAGUGGGGAUGUUUCUGGCUGCUAUGGCUUUUGUCUGUGCUGCUUUGGUCCAGGUUGAAAUUGAUAAAACAUUGCCAGUGUUUCCAUCUGCCUCCCAGAGUCAGUUGAAAUUACUUAACAUGGGCAGCAGUGCAGUCACAGUCAAUCUGCCGGGCAACGAGUCGCUGACUCUUAAUGCAGCUCAGGCCAGUGACAAAUACUUCACAUUUGAAACAGAGCGAAUCAUUGUUUCAGUUGGCAGCCCUGGGAUGACACAAGCCAUCUUCUUGAAGAGGGAAUCCAGACAAACUCUUCUUAUUCCCUCAGUUAUUAGUGAUGAAUGGCUUCUGACUCAGGACUUGACUUCCAAGCCAGGACAAGGUAACAAUGAAAUCCGAUUUGUAAAUGGAAUGAACAUGCCUGUGAACGUGACCACUUCUGCAGUGGACUUGGGACUAAUUGAGCCAUUUUAUUACUCCACUUAUUCCACAAUAAAGAAUGGAGAGACCAAAUUCUCCUUGUUGAGUGGUUCACAGUCAUGCGAAUACAUUAAGGACUUUGGAUUUGGAGGUUCAUACACUUUCUUCAUACCCAGCACUUUUGUCUUUGGACCAGAUUGUCAGGACUCUAUUACUGUGGUAGAGGACAUAGAACCCAACUCAGUUCACAUGGCCCUGCAGAUCCCACAGUACUUCUUCAUAACUGCUGGUGAAGUGAUGUUUUCAGUUACUGGUCUGGAGUUCUCUUACUCACAGGCACCUAGUAACAUGAAAGCGGUGCUGCAAGCCGGCUGGUUGUUUACAGUUGCUAUUGGUAACUUCAUAGUCCUGAUUGUGGCUGAGAUUGCAAAACUUCCCAACAAAUGGGCAGAGUACGUCCUUUUUGCGUCUCUCUUAGUUUUAGUGUGCAUCAUCUUUUCCACUAUGGCGUAUUUCUACACUUACAUUGACCCUUCAGAAAUUGAGGACCAGUUUAGUAAAAAGGUUGAUGAAGAUGAAGAUGAUAAAGACAAGCGUGAGAAGGCAGAGAUCAAGAUGGUCAGGAGAGACUCAGCUGAAAGCUACGAUGACAGUUACAAACAAUCCAAUAUGUGAACACUUUAAGAUAAAAGCAGAUCAUUAAAAAAAUGCAUUAUUAGUGAAUAAGAGAAAGUGUACAGGGGAAAGUGUGUGUGUUGUGUGUGUCUGUGAAAUAUUUUAUAUUGUUAUGGCAGAGGCAUUCAUAUAAACAAUAGUAAUUAAAAAGUGAAUAAGGUAAGAACAAUUAUAUGUCAUGGGAUAUAAUUGCUUUUUCAAAUAUACGUGUGUAAGCUGUGAGGAAAAAAUGAUUAAAUAAUCAUUAUUCAUAAUCAUUCAUCCUUUCCAUGUGUUUCUCAUUCAGUCUUCAAGUCAAAAAGCACCAAUAUCACGCAGCAAAAACCUGUGUUAUCAGUGGAAGUAUUCUUGCCAUUGCACUGGUGAUUGAGACAGAAAAUCUUAUAUUAUUUUAGGAAGAGUAUAAUUUACUAUUGCCUUUACUAAUAUGUUCAAUAUUUGAACAAAACAUCAUCUGCUGCUUGUUUAAAUAAUUACAGUGAAAUGCCGGCAAGCUCACACAUGUGAACAUAAAAUGUUCAAAUAUCAGAAAAUGAUCAGCAAAAUUAUUACUAACUAAAUGAUAAAGUUUGCAAUGUAAUGUUUUUUUAUGUCUGUUUAUUUUUGUUUUUCAGUUAAUGCACUGUUGGUGAAAUCAUACUUUGGAGUGUAAUUAGUUCAGAUGUCAAAUAACUGUGGUACCUAAUCAUAAACUUCUCAUGCUUCUGUAUUACUACUUGUUUUGUAUAAUAUAAAUUUUCCCUUACAGCUUCCAUGUAAGUAAGUUAUAACAUUUUCAGGUAGCUAAGGUAGUAGGUAGAUAGUUUUUUCCCCCUAUUAAGUAGGUAAGACAGAUCAUUGGAAUAUAAAACACUGCAUUUAUAGUGGAGAGACACAUGCCAGGUUUAGCACCCCAGUCCCAUGAGCCAUACUGCAAGUGAAAGAGUUUCAUACCAGUAUAAGACCAGCAUGAGGCCUUUGUUUGUUUGUUUGUUGACAUUGAUGUGUUGCAAAUGACCAACAGUUUUAUAGUGUAAAAUUUCCUUUCUCUGGAAAUUUCGUCACAUACCUCUGUCGCAGCACACUGAAAGAAACCACUGUCUGGAGAAAAACAGUGAGAAAACAUGAAUUUAAAGAACUUAGAGAAUUUAAAUUAUAAGUGGAUUAUGGAGAAAAAUAGAAAUUAUUAUCAACAAAAUAUCCCCAAACACAGGAAAGGAAAGCGUAUAGAAUAAGCUAUCCUUAUUAGAUUAGUAUUCAAAUAUUGUUACGGAUAUUCAAAUGCAUACAUUAAGCAGUAUUUUAAUAGUGUAGCUACUAUAAGGAAAGCUAAUUAAACAUUACCAUUUAUAACUAAAUAUCAAGUUUAGUAGCAGGAGCUAUUAAAUGCAAAUUUAGGUAAGUGCAGUUUUUUCAUGCAUUUUGUGUAAAAUGCUGGUAUUUACCUUCAUACUGUAAUAAAACAGAAGAAGUAAAAGCAAU